CUGACUCCUAGAUUCCGUCGGCACAAGAAAAGUCGUCACUGCAGAAACUUGCGUUGCGCCGCGUCAACCCUUUUCACCCAGUAAAACGCGACUGUCGGCUUACUAGUAGCUCAUCGCAGCAGCGACGAUGGCCAGAAGUAGAAAUAGCGAGCUGGAUCGGCGUAUCGUUACCCACAGCUGUCUGUUCGGCCAUCUUUCCUCGCAGCGGUUCGAGAAUAUCUCUUGGCCGUCGAAGCAGCAUCGCCACCUCUGGCGAAAUCGCAAGAGUCUCUUCCACCGUCUCUUCUCGCCGUGCGAGACGUUCUUGCCAGAAGGAGCAGGGCGAAUAAGACUCUUUAGUCGGCCUCGCUUGCAAUCACUCAGCGACUUAUUCUGCUGAGUCGAAAAGAAGUCUCUACUAGGGGGUACUUACUCCUCCUCUCCAUGGCGCCGCGUCUCGGUUGGUCGCGCCUCGUCCCCGCGCUCGCGCUCGUGGCGUUCCUCUGUUUCGCGCGCGUCGAUCACGCCGCGUGCAACGCGCGCUCGUUCGGCCUUCCGCGUCUCGCGGGGCGGCUCGGCGGCUUGGCCGGGGGAUCGGGUUGGUCCUUCUUCCGCCCCCCUGGGACAGGCAGCGGCGGCGGAAGUGGCGCGACGCGAGGCGGGCAGAACGGGCAGGGCGGGUUUGGUGGGGGAAUGAGCGGGCAGCCGGGUGGGAGUGCGUGUGGCAACAGCAGCAGCAGCAGGAGCGCCAAGAUGAGGUCCAGCAAUGGGAAGAGAGUGAUGACGUCCAACGGGUGUCCCGGGUACGCGUGGCGGGUGCAGGGCACGGUCAACACGGCAGUGCAGCAGACGCUUUCCUUCUCAGUUCCGCUCGCCCCCACGCUCUCCUCCUCCUCCACCCGUGUGGGCGUGGGUGGCUGCAAGAUGGGCCCCAUAGGCUUUGCACUCAACGGGGUGCCCUUCUACAGCGCCUGUGACGCCCUGGGCCGGGACGCCCUGAAGUACGAGGGGGCGAGCUUCGACGGGUGUGCGGGUCACCCCUCGCCCUUUGGGCAGUACCACUACCACCUGGCGCCCGGCGUCGCCAACCCCUCUGCCAUCUCCGGCUCUCGCACUGCCACCUUCCAGCUCUGCAGCUCCUCCUUCUGGCAGGACACCCCCAGCGCGCACUCCCCGCUGGUGGGCUUCCUGGCGGACGGCAUUCCGCUGUACGGCCCGCGGGGGGCGGGGGGGGCGCUGCCAGCAGGGCUGGACGAGUGCAACGGGCACGUGGGCGACGGCAGCGCGGGCGAGCCGGCGUUCUACCACUACCACACCACCAGCACGGCGCCGUACACCGUGGCGUGCCUCAAGGGCUGCGUCUCCGCCUCGGACUGGAGCAACGUGGGAUCCGCCUCCUGCACCAAGGCCAGCCAGCAAUACGACUACUUAUCCCUCGCAGCCGUGCAGGCAGCAUAGCCUCUCUCGUGUUGUGCCAGCAGUGAAGCAUGCACCACCACCCACCCACGAUCACUGGCUGCUGGGGCUGUUGCUGCUGGCUAAAUGGUUGUCUGCUGCUGUUAAAUGGUUGUUUGCUGCUGGCUUAGGGCGUAUUCCUAUGAACCGGGAUCAAAAUCAGACUCGUGCCCUACUGUGCCAUGCAAGUGUUGGAAUCGCGUUUCAUUGCAGUCCUGCGCGAGUCUGAUUCUGAUCUUGGUGCACUCGAUGACUUGGCUGCAUGUUCGCUGCUGAAUCACUGUCCGACGAUUGCCUUGCAGCAGAUACCAGCUGUGUGGUGUGCUUUCAAUUGCAUUGCAAGUCUUUGACGUUGGUUUAUUAAAAUGAUGGAUAGAUCAAACGUGCAGUUGCCAA